AUGUCGGAUGAUGUUGUCAACAAGCACGGCUCGACACAAGAUGUCUGGGCUGAGCACGUCGACGAUGAUGCUGGCCACGCCGCCAACCAGGAGGAACACGAGUUGAGUGCCAUUGGUGCUAUUCGCAAGCAGCCCAAGGUAUUUGCCUGGUGUCUCUAUGCACUCUUCACUUGUCUUCUCGUCAGUUUCGAGAACCAGGCUUCUGGCAUGGUCUUGAGUAUUCCCGAGUUUCGAAAGGAUUUUGGACACGCAUACGAGGGCUCUUACGUUCUGGAUACAAAAUGGCAGAGUGCUUUCAGCGGUGCCCCUUUGGCCAGCACUAUCGUUGGCACCUUUGGCGCAUCUCCUCUUGCCGAUAAGUUUGGUCGCAAGCCAGUGCUUAUUGGAUCCAUCCUCGUCUCCUUUGCCGCCAUUGCCCUGGAAUUCAUCUCGACCACCAACGAAAUGUUCUUUGGAGGCAAGUUCCUGAAUGGAUUCACAACUGGAAUCAUCUUGACAGUGGCACUGGCCUACGUUGGAGAGAUCGUUCCUCUAGCUUUGCGUGGAUUCCUUACCUGUUUGAGCGCGCUCAUGUUCACCAUCGGUCCCCUGACUGCCGCCAUCAUUGUCAACUUCACCGGUGCAUUCGAGUCGAGAUGGGCAUACCGAUCAGUAUUCUGUGCGCAAUUUGGCUUUGCCGGUAUUUGUGCUCUCUUCAUGUUCUUCAUGCCUGAGUCGCCCAUGUGGCUCACCAGCGUCGACAAGACGGAGAAGGCGGGUCGCUCUCUCCGUAGGCUGGGCUUCAGCGACUUUGAAGUGACCAAGAAGAUCUCUCAGAUGAAGAUUACUCUAGAGCAGUCCAAGAAGGAGACGGAGGGUGCCAGCUACCUCGAGUGUUUCAAGAAGUCCAACCUCCGCCGCACAAUCAUCGCGAUUGCACCUCUCUCGAUUCAGGCUCUCGGUGGCGUGUACUUCAUCGCUGCUUACGGAACGUACUAUAUUCAGUUGGCCGGAUACAGCACCGAGGACAGUUUCAAGCUCCAGAUUGGCCAGCAUGGUAUGAGCAUGGCUGGCAACAUCAUCUCGUGGUUCCUGGUUGACAAGGUCGGCCGUCGCCCAUUGACGGUCUGGGGUACCGUUAUCGUCACCGUGAUCCUCAUGAUCUGUGCGGGACUCGCCGUCCAAGGCUCUGAUGGCGCCAUCAAGGGAUCGGUGGCCAUGAUUCUGAUCUACAAUUUCUUUUACAACAUCACCAUUGGCGCCACCGCUUACACCCUGCUCACCGAGGUUGCCACGUCCAAGCUUCGAGCCAAGACCAUAUCCCUCGGUGUUGCCCUUCAGUACAUUAUCUACACCCUUUGGGCUUUCGUUAUCCCAUAUGUUUUCAAUCCCGAUCAGGCGAACCUCGGAGCGAAGACUGCAUUCAUCUACGGCGGCCUCGGCGUUCUGUGCAUCAUCUAUCUAUACUUCUACCAAGUCGAGACCGCCGGACGAAGCUACGAGGAGCUGGACGAGCUCUUCCAGAAGGGUAUCAGCGUCAAGGACUUUAAGAGCUACGUCACGGAAGCCCAGACUCGGGGCCAAGAGGCCAAGGAGUCCAAGGCGGAAAUGUAA